AUGCACUCUCUCGGUAUCUUGACUGCUGGGGCUUCCCUUGUACACCCAGCGAUCGCCUCAUUCACCGGCAACCUCAACUACCACAGUCCUUCACACCGCGAGGAACACAUCAAUCUAGGCCUUCACGUCGACAAUAUCUCGCGCAGAAGCUUCAAGCGUGGAAAUAUUGCCUAUAGCUCAUCUGAGCUCAGCUUCACUCAUGGGAUUGCAUCUGGGGAUCCAUACCCUGACAGUGUUAUUCUCUGGACGAGAAUUGCUCCAUCUCCUGAGUCUGACCUGAGCAACGUGACGGUUGAGGGAACGGUUCCUUUGUAUGAUCAUGACACUGAGACAUACAUAAAGGCAGAUCUGAAUCCAAUCUGUGUCGAGUGGAAAGUGUGGCGCCAAACCUUGGGAAUCAACACCGAUGCCAAUGAAACAUAUAGAGGGUCUGCCAUGUCCACUGGUACAGCAUACACGACGAGUGACAUUGAUUUCACAGUGAAGGUCGAGGCACACGGACUACAGUCAUGGACAACUUACAAUUACCAAUUCACUGUCUGUGGGUCGAACAAUUCCAGUCCUGUUGGUCGAACCAAGACUUCACCUGCUCUCGAUGCAGAUGUCGACGAACUCAAGCUGGCUGUGCUCUCUUGUUCUAAUUAUCCCAACGGCUACUUCAACGUUUACGGGAAUGCGGCCAGAAAAGACGGGCAGGACUACGUUGUACAUGUUGGCGAUUAUAUUUAUGAGGGAGCUGUCGGUGGUGCUCGCGGCCACCAGCCCCCGCGCUUGCUGUUCAGCUUGUUCGACUACAGGACGAGGCAUGGACAAUACAGAAGUGACCCCGAUCUGCAACUACUGGCCAAGAACUAUGCAUGGAUUACUACAUGGGAUGACCAUGAGGUUGCAAAUAAUGGCUAUAGAGAUGGAUUCAGCGCGCUGAACAACACCGAGGAGUCUUUCCUCACCGAUGGGCCGUCAAUUUCAGUUGAUCAGAGGAAGAUGAAUGCUGUCAGAGCAUACUUUGAGUGGAUGCCAAUUCGUCAGGUUGACCUCGAUGAUAAUUUGCGAAUAUGGCGGUCGUUUCCAAUGGGCAAUUUGCUAGACCUCAUUGUUAUCGACACGCGCAACUAUGACCGUGCUAUCACAGACCUCGGUUGGAAUGCAGAAUACAUCCAGUUGCUUCGAAACGAUGCUUCACGAAGCCUCAUGGGCUCUCACCAAGAGAAUUGGUUCUAUAGCCAACUGACCAACUCGAACAAGCGAGGAGCGAUGUACCGAGUCGUUGCCAACCAGAUUGUCUUCUCCCGCAUUGUGGAAGAUAACGAACCUGAUGGCGACAACUGGGAAGGGUACGUUGCCAACCGUAACCGCACUCUCAAACAUCUGUACGACAAUUCUAUCCCCAACACUAUCUUUCUCGCAGGAGAUAGCCACCAGAGUUGGGUAUCCGAUCUUGCAUGGCUCGAAACCAAGCCUUACGAUGCGGUCUAUGGUGAUGGCGCGAUCGGGGUCGAAUUUGCUGGGACAGCCGUCAGUUCCAGCGGCAAUCGCGGAUUGAUUCUUGACACUCAGGCCGAUGCGCAGGCCGUUGUCGAGGAGAAUGAGUCCCUACAAUGGCAAGAUGGUUACUACCGUGGAUACUUUGUGCUAUCUCUCACCCCCGAGCGAGCAACAGCGCAGUAUUAUGGUAGUCCCAGUGUUGCCAGUCGAAACCCAUGGGAUCUGUCUCUGGCUAACUUCACGAUGAAGGCUGGGGCAAACAGUUUGACGAGGCCAGUGGCAGGUGGGAAUGUCGAGGCUGGAUUCUUGCGAGGAGGCGAGACGGUACAUACAAACUUGACGCUCAACACUGAGACUGGUCACUACGAGGUCAUCGGGUUCGAGACGAUGUACCUGGCGACGUGA